AUGUCGUCCUGGUCCCCUCAACCGGCAGGAUUGCAGGAAAUCCUGCAAACAAUACAUGAAUCAACGGACAUGAACGUUACCGUGCAGCGAAAUAUCACCCAGAAACUGAACAAUUUCACGCGUGUACCAGACUACAUUGCAUAUCUAGCCCAUAUCCUCACUACAACUCAAGAGGAGGCUCGGAUUCGAACCAUUGCUGGAUAUCUUUUGAAGAACAAUUCGCGCCUCAUCCUGAACGCCACUCCAGAAGUUGUCGCCUAUGUCAAGGUCGCAGUGUUGCAGGCAUUCACCGAUUCGACAGUGAUGAUUCGCAAUGCCGCCGGUCAGGAUAUAGUGGCGUUUCUGGGGGUCCUCGAACCGAGGAAUUGGCCAGAGUGCCUCCAACAGUUAGUCAACUCGCUUGACUCGGAGGAUGUGGAACAUCAAGAGGCUGCAUUCAAUGUCUUGGAAAAAGCCUGUGAGGACUACCCUCGUAAAUUGGAUGUCGAAAUCGGCGGCAUGCGACCUUUGGAUUUCAUGAUCCCCAAGUUUCUCGCACUUACUGAACACCCUUCCGCCAAGAUGCGAGCCCACGCAGUGGCUUGCCUCUCAUAUUUUGUCCCCGUGAACUGUCAAUCGCUCUUCGUUCAUAUCGACGCUUUCAUCGUCGCUUUAUUCAAGCGUGCUUCGGACGAGGAUCCUCAAGUUCGGCGUCAUGUCUGUCAAGCCCUUGUGCUCCUUCUCGCCGCCCGUCCCGAGAAGCUCAUGCCGGAGAUGACCAAUGUCGCCGAGUAUAUGCUCUACUCUACAAAGGACAAGAACGAGAACGUCGCUUUGGAAGCAUGCGAGUUCUGGUUAACUUUUGCCGAGGACGCAGAUCUCGCUGUAUAUUUGCACCCGCUACUUGGUCGGGUAGCUCCCGUCUUACUUGACUGUAUGGUUUACGGCGACGACGAUCUUCUCUGGCUGGAAGGAGACGCAGAAGAUGCUGCCGUCCCUGAUAAAGACACGGACAUCAAACCACGGCAUUACGGUGGCAAAUCGCAUGGUCUGGAACGCGAGGGUAACGGUGCUCCUGCUGGAGAGGAAGCUGGCGCCAAAGCCCGUGUUGGCGCAUACGGUGAGGAAACUUACGACUCGGACGAGGAAGAAGAUUACGAUCUUGACGAUGAUGACUUCGCCGAGGAGAUGUCCACCGAGUGGAAUCUUCGCAAAUGUGCCGCAGCGGCUUUGGAUGUACUGGCAGUCCGGUUUGGGGCCGAUUUGUUGAACGUCUUACUUGGGCCGUUAAAGGAAAAACUGUGGAGUAAUGACUGGCUUCAGAGAGAAAGUGGUAUCUUGGCACUAGGUGCUAUGGCUGAAGGCUGCAUUGAGGCUAUUGAAGCUCAUCUGAGCACUCUAGUCCCUUACCUCAUAAACACUUUGAACGAUCCCAAACCACUUGUUCGAUCGAUUACUUGCUGGACGCUUGGUCGAUAUGCUAGCUGGACAUGCCAGCCUUUCUCCGAGGAGCAUAAGACCCGGUACUUCGUACCAACCAUGGAAGGCCUACUUCGCAUGGUACUCGACAACAACAAGCGUGUCCAAGAAGCUGGGUGUAGUGCCUUUGCAACUUUGGAAGAGGACGCUGGAAUGGAGCUUGUACCCUACCUCGAGCCCGUUCUUCGCAAUCUCGUCUUCGCGUUCGAGAAAUACCAGCACAAAAACAUGCUCAUCUUGUACGAUGCCGUUGGCACGCUGGCAGAUGCUGUUGGCCGCGCGCUCUCGAAUCCAACAUACGUUGAGAUCUUGAUGCCUCCGCUCACCACGCGCUGGUCUAAGCUGAAAGACGACGACGAAGACUUGAUCCCACUGCUGGAGUGCCUUGCGUCCGUGACCAUUGCUAUGGGCCCUUCUUUUGUCCCUUACGCUGGUCCGAUCUUUGAGCGAUGCUGCAAUAUCAUCCACACAUCCCUGCUCCAGUACCAGACCUAUCAACAGAACCCCGAGCUCGAGGAACCCGACAAGUCUUUCCUCGUAGUUGCCUUGGAUCUGCUGUCCGGUCUGACUCAAGGGCUAGGAAUGGCUUUGGAGCCUUUCAUCAGCCAGAGCCAACUCAUGCAACUCGUCACCUUCUGCCUGAAACAUCCUCAGGCUCCUGUCAGACAGUCCGCUUACGCACUCGUUGGCGAUCUCGCCAUGAACUGCUUCGCCUUCCUCCGUCCUCACAUGCCUGCUAUCAUGGCAGAGUUGACGCUGCAGCUUGAUCCUGAGCCUAAAUUCGAGUUCGUGAGCGCGUCAAAUAAUGCCGCUUGGUCCGUUGGUGAAGUUGCGUUACGUUACGGCCGUGAUGAUCAAGAAUUCCAACAAUGGGUGAACCCUUUAAUCGCGAGGUUGAUUCCCAUCCUACUACAUCCCAAGGCCCCUCGGAGUCUACAUGAAAAUGCCGCUGUUUCGAUAGGAAGAAUUGGUCUAAUGCACCCCAAUCUUGUCGCUCCUCAUCUACCGGAGUUCGCGCAGGCGUGGUGCCAAGCACUGUAUGAGAUUCGGGACAACGAAGAGAAAGACUCAGCAUUCAGAGGGUUCUGCACCCUUGUUCAAACGAACCCUGCGGGCAUCGCUAAGUCGCUGUUGUGGUUCUGCAACGCAAUCGUCAGAUGGACACAACCAUCCCCAGAGCUGAACCACAUGUUCCAACAACUUUUGCAGGGCUUCAAGGCUCACGAUGCGACAGGAUGGGCUGCGCAGGUGUCCCAAUUCCCGCCCGUCAUUCAAGAACGUCUCGCUGCCCGCUAUGGCGUGUAA